AUGACCAACAGUACAUCCCUCUUCACCAUCAAGAACUACAUCUCCCUCGUCGCCGCCCCCAUCGAAAUCGUCAUCUCAAUCCUCUACUGGUCCCUCCGGCUCAUCGACACAUCCCUCGUCGUCCCGCCACACCUGCCCCUCCCACCUGCAAUCUACGACCUAACAUUCCACUUCUUCCCCGCGGUGCUGACGACGCUUGAUACGUUGUUGCUAUCCCCGCCGUGGCCCAGUUCGCCGAUGAAUCCGCAGGCGCCGCUGAUUACACUGGUACUCAGCACAGCGGUCGCAUUCCUGUAUUGGUUCUGGAUUGAGAUUUGUUAUGCCAGGAAUGGGUUUUAUCCGUAUCCAAUCUUUGAGAUGCUCACGACAUAUCAGCGCGUGGGGCUGUUUGCACUGAGUGGCUCGAUCAUGUGGGUUGUGGGCGGGGCGUUGAGGGCGGCGUAUGCAUGGUGUAAUGGGUAUGAGGAGGUGGAGGAGUUUCAGAAGGUGAAGAGGGCGGUGAAGAUGGGGAGGGAGGGGAAGUGGGAGUGA